AUGGAUGCUCAACUUACAAAACUUGAAUAUAAGAAGGAACUUGUUUUGGAUGCCGGAUUUGUUUAUAUUGUGGAAUUAACUUAUAGUAACAAAGAUGUAACUAGGUCUAAUAAUAUUAGAAUAUUUUCUAAUUUAGAAAUGUCUAAUAAUAUAGAGGUUAAUUCUGAAAUAUGUAAUCUUACUAUAGAAGAAAAUGAAACAGUCCAAAAUUUAUUAGAAAUUUUUGAAUUUGAUGAAAAUAAUGAAAUUGUAACUUAUUUUACAGAUGAGGACAAUAAUUAUAAAAUUCAUUAUGAGUAUUCAAAGCAGAAAAACACUAGUUCUGAAAUUGAAAUUGAUUCAUCUGAAGACAAUGUAUCAAAAGUAUAUAAAAACAAAAAUAAAGAUGCUAAAAUUUCAAACUUUACAUUAGAAGAAACUAAGAUAUCAAAACAAAUAUUAGAAUUUGAACUGUUAAUUAUUGUAAUAUACAUAACUGG